AGAAGCAGAAGAAGAAGAACCUGGCUGUACGUGGCGGAUGCAUGGUUCCUGUGCAGUCCGUUCCUCGAAGAAUAAUCGAACCUAAAUUUUCCGCUACGUUUUCCCAAAUGAACGUGGGCGUGGUGAGUACGCACGAGGACCGAUCGCGACAGCACACCGGUGGACGUGGCACUCACCGUACUGCCUCCAAGUCUUCCUGCAGCAGAGCAUCUUCCAGUUGCGAAGCUGUGCCCAAUGCCCCCACUACGGAACCAACAACUAUCAAGCACGACUUUGACGGCUGCAACCGGUGCGACUGGAUUUGGAAAAGCGAUGCCUGCGACAUUUUCUACAAGGAUCUCGCCGAGUCCAACACAGAGAGCGUCACAUACGAGCUCGUGUGCCGCCCCAACGCCGGAGUGUUCACCAAGUUCUUUCGCGAGAAGGGCUACCAGAAGGGCAAGGCCCUGCCCAGUGGGUCGCCCACGGCGUCGGAGCCGGACCUGGCUCGACGGCCUGCCGGUUGGUCUGCGGCUGGGCGCGAGGCUGCGGCCGAAUGGCGGGAACGGAUCUCUGGUUUGGCUAAGCUGGAACGCAAGUCACGCAAGUCUACCAAGAUGCUGCUGGCUCAGCAGGCUUUCUCCAAGCUACGACACUGGACGUCUGGCCAUCAGGGCGAGAAAAUCGGCCAGGCCUCCACCCGACAAGACUUCCUGGAAGACGCCAAGACGGUUGAGGAGUCCAAGACGCUUCUACAAGAAGACGUCGACGAAGCAGAGGACGUGUCAACGUCCACACUUCCAACCAAGUCGUCGUCUUCAGCAGGAGACCUCCUCUUGAGGUCUUCGAAGGCUCUGAGGGACUCUAGAAAGGUCCAGUCGACGACGUCGGUCGCUGUGAAAGCAGUGUCAACGCCGUCUACGGUGGGGUCUGCGGGAGAUUACUAUAAUGAUCAAACCAGGGUAACGUUCAAGGAUGGGAAGUCCAUCAGGGCUCCGACCGUGACAGCGUCUUCUGAUGACGCGACGGCCUCCUGGUCUAGAAGAGCAGAAGUCGGGGACAAAGACAGGUCGGCCGACGGCUUCUUCAAGAGACUUGUGCGAAAGAAAUAGGGACUUGUGGGUCUUGACAGCACCCCAGGGACUCCCAGAUGCGUGAAGCGUAGUUGGACGUUAAUAAGAUUGUUGCGGCCGUGGAUGUGUCGUGAUAAGCCGACUGGCUAUCGAAUAUGAAAUAUAUCACAAAUUACGAAGAACUGGUUUCGUUGUGAGGACACGUAAUAAAUGAUUUAUAGACUUA